AUGGUGGGUGCCAGAUACACAGUAAAUCAGCUUUCCUUAAGUUUGGGUGAUGGAGUGAACUCAAAUUCUCCUCAUGUGUUACUUCCUUACUGCCCUAUUGAGAUCAAAUUAGGGGGAGCAGGAGGGCGAUGGGGUCCAGGUGACCAGGAGAGAGCCCCCGGGCAUCUGUUCAACAACACUCCUCUUCCGCCGGGACAGAAGCAUCGUGUUAUUCAGGAGAAACAUACCAUUGAUGGUAGAAAUGUUGAGGCCAAAAAGGUUGUGCCAAGGGAUGAACAACAGACUGCACAGAGGACCAGCAAUACGGCAGGCCCUAGAACUAAGAAGAUUUUUGUGGGUGGAUUAGCUCCAACUGUUACUGAGGAUGACUUCAGAAAGUAUUUUGAGCAGUUUGGUAAUAUAACAGAUGUAGUUGUAAUGUAUGACCACACUACUCAAACAAAAAUUAAGAUCAAAUUAGAUCUGUAA